AUGGCACAGAUUCUUGAUAAGCUUUCACGUCUAGCAAUACCAAUUGGCUUUGCACUAGCCGUUGGACAAGCUUCUAUAUAUGAUGUGAGAGGAGGAUAUCGCGGUAAGAAGAGUUUUUGGAUAGAAAAUACUGAUGAAGCAGCUGUUCUUUUUGAUCGAUUUGUUGGGAUUAAAAAAGAAGUGAUUGGAGAAGGCACGCAUUUUCUUAUCCCGUGGCUCCAGCGUGCAAUUAUAUAUGAUGUGAGGACAAAACCACGAAAUAUUGCAACGACAACAGGAAGCAAGGAUUUGCAGAUGGUUUCAUUAACGCUGCGCGUAUUAUACCGUCCAGAUGUAACGAAGCUUCCAAAAAUCUAUCAAUCUUUAGGUCUUGAUUAUGAUGAACGAGUACUUCCGUCAAUUGGAAACGAAGUUUUGAAAUCAAUCGUUGCACAGUUCGAUGCAGCAGAGCUAAUUACCCAACGAGAAGUUGUUUCAUCAAAAGUUCGAGAGGAUCUCGUUAAACGUGCAUCAGAAUUUGGCAUUCAGCUUGAGGAUGUCUCUAUCACACAUAUGACAUUUGGUCAAGAAUUUACAAAAGCAGUUGAACAAAAACAAAUUGCACAACAGGACGCAGAGCGUGCUAAAUUUAUAGUCGAAAAAGCAGAACAAGAACGACAGGCCUCAGUUAUUCGUGCUGAAGGAGAGGCUGAAGCUGCUGAAACCGUGUCAAAAGCACUUCAACGUGCUGGAGAUGGACUAAUUUCAAUCCGAAGAAUCGAAGCAAGCAAAGAAAUUGCAGCAGUUCUUGCAAAUUCUAAAAAUGUAAUAUAUCUUCCGGGCCAAAACACAGGACUUGAACAUGGAGGUACACUGCAGGGGGCAAACUAUUUGCUAAAUCUUGGUCAUACAUAA